AAGGAUCUGAAGCAUACAAACCCUAUCGCAGGCUGCUCUGAAUAUGGACGUGCUGAGGAAGGCUCUGUUCCUGCUACUUGCCUUACACAACGCUGAGUACGUGCAUAGCCAGACGGAUGUUCAGACAUUUUUCAACGCCUUUUGUAAUGCGAAUGCAGAUAAUAUGGUCUGCCAUAGCAAGCCCCUCGUGACAGAGGGAGGCGCUGGAGGAUCCAUCCCCGGGCUGGACCAAGGCAGCAGUGUGGCGUGCCUGCCGGGAACGAAAAGGUGCACGCAAAUGCCGAAUCUGUGUGUGCCUUCAGACAUUCCCUGCAGUGUUAUAGACGCUGCGAACGUGCAUAAUCAGACGGAUGUUCAGACAUUUCUCAACGCCUUUUGUAAAGCGAAUGCAUAUAUAAAAGGCUGUCACAGCAAGCCCCUCGUGACAGAGGGAGGCGCUGGAGGCUCCAUCCCCGGGCUUGACCAAAGCAGCAAUGUGGCGUGCCUGCCGGGGACGAAAAGGUGCACGCAAAUGCCGAAUCUGUGUGUGCCUUCAGACAUCCCCUGCAGCGUCAUAGACGCUGCGUACGUGCAUAGCCAGACGGAUGUUCAGACAUUUCUCAACGCCUUUUGUAGAGCGAAUGCAGAUAAUAAAGGCUGCCAUAGCAAGCCCCUCGUGACAGAGGGAGGCGCUGGAGGAUCCAUCCCCGGGCUGGACCAAGGCAGCAAUGUGGCGUGCCUGCCGGGGACGAAAAGGUGCACGCAAAUGCCGAAACUGUGUGUGCCUUCAGACAUCCCCUGCAGUGUUAUAGGUGAGCCUGACAGUUUGAGAUAUGGUUUUGACGCUGCGAACGUGCAUAAUCAGACGGAUGUUCAGACAUUUCUCAACGCCUUUUGUAAAGCGAAUGCAUAUAUAAAAGGCUGCCACAGCAAGCCCCUCGUGACAGAGGGAGGCGCUGGAGGCUCCAUCUCCGGGCUGGACCAAGGCAGCAAUGUGGCGUGCCUGCCGGCGACGAAAAGGUGCACGCAAAUGCCGAAUCUGUGUGUGCCUUCAGACAUCCCCUGCAGCGUCAUAGACGCUGCGUACGUGCAUAGCCAGACGGAUGUUCAGACAUUUCUCAACGCCUUUUGUAGAGCGAAUGCAGAUAAUAAAGGCUGCCAUAGCAAGCCCCUCGUGACAGAGGGAGGCGCUGGAGGCUCCAUCCCCGGGCUGGACCAAGGCAGCAAUGUGGCGUGCCUGCCGGGGACGAAAAGGUGCACGCAAAUGCCGAAUCUGUGUGUGCCUUCAGACAUCCCCUGCAGUGUUAUAGACGCUGUGAACGUGCAUAAUCAGACGGAUGUUCAGACAUUUCUCAACGCCUUUUGUAAAGCGAAUGCAUAUAUAAAAGGCUGCCAUAGCAAGCCCCUCGUGACAGAGGGAGGCGCUGGAGGCUCCAUCCCCGGGCUGGACCAAGGCAGCAAUGUGGCGUGCCUGCCGGGGACGAAAAGGUGCACGCAAAUGCCGAAUCUGUGUGUGCCUUCAGACAUCCCCUGCAGUGUCAUAGACGCUGCGUACGUGCAUAGCCAGACGGAUGUUCAGACAUUUCUCAACGCCUUUUGUAAAGCGAAUGCAGAUAAUAAAGGCUGCCAUAGCAAGCCCCUCGUGACAGAGGGAGGCGCUGGAGGCUCCAUCCCCGGGCUGGACCAAGGCAGCAAUGUGGCGUGCCUGCCAGGGACGAAAAGGUGCACGCAAAUGCCGAAUGUGUGUGUGCCUUCAGACAUCCCCUGCAGUGCCAUAGGUGAGGCACGCAAGAGGUCGUUGGGCAUCAGCUCUAUUGGAUCCGACAGGUUUUGCGAGCAACCGAAAGCGAUCAACACGAAGCAACGCGUCCUCGUGUGUGGCGACGGAAGCACCGUGUACGUUAUGCUUGGACUGGCUCUCUCCCUAGCGAACUACGUAACCCCCUGGCCAAUCCCUCUGGAACAGGUUGUCACUCUAGAACCUUUCCAGCUUCCAAAGGACAAAAAUGGGAAUAGAAGUGCUUCCUGGGCUCCCAGGCCAGGUGAGGAGAAAAGCCCUCCUCAAUCCGUCAAGGAAAUCUUACCUGGUAAAUAUGAAAGUAUCUCAUAUAAGAAGUACCUUGUAGUAAAAACCAUUGGUGGUGUGUCCAUCGUGGAUCUUGAUAUUUUUGAAGUGCAUCGCAAGAUAGUUGAGGUUGUCAACGGGAUCCACGGAUCACCCCUCAGCGAGAUGGCAGCCUGA